AUGAAUUUGAGUUUGAGUUUAACUUUUUUUAAAUAUGUCAUCACUCUCCUGUUAUUUUUCUCAGUUCUCUCUAUUGCCACCGCCGUUAUUCUCGACACAGACGGUGAGCCACUCGUCAAUGGCGGGCGAUACUUCAUCGUACCACAGAGCAUAGGCAUUGGCGGCGGCCUUACUCGAACCCUCGUAACCAAGAUCACACCAUGUUUUUAUCAUAUAACCCGAGAUAAAAACGAAACAUUUCCUGGCAUCCUUGUUAAAAUAAGUUCACCUUUUGAAAUAACCGUCAUAAAUCCCGGUCUACCAAUUAGAAUUACAUUUGAUGACCGUAUCAUUGACUUUUGUAUGCGAUCAAUGACAUGGCGGGUCUUUGCCGAUAAAACCACGGGCCAGUCUUACGUGGUCACGGGUGGUAGUGUCUCUCAACCAUCUUUCACAAUUGAGGAGACCCAAGAAGAUACAAAUGUCUAUAAGAUAAAGUCUAUAUUAGACCAAAAAGAUGUUGGUUUUUUUGAAAAGGAUGGGCUGUUGGGAAUUACUAAUGAAAUCCCUCUUCCUGUUCUGUUCAAGAAAGCACCGACCCCUCCAAAUUUCUUAGCCAUGAAAGUCUAG